GAAUUCGGUAUCUGCCUACUCCUACGCUUCACGAGCCCUUCAUUUCCCAACUUGCUCUCCGAUCACUUUCUUGAUCAAACUCGGAUUCAGCUUCGACAGAGACCCAUCUCCGUCGCCAUCUCCCUCACCUUCGUUCAGAUCAUCUCCGGUUGAAUCUCACGAUUUCUCUCCAUCUCUGUGGCUGCGCGCGUUUUUCUUCUUCUCGAGAUCUGACGCAAACUCGGUUUGAUUCUGAUCUCUGGAGCCUGAUCCGUUCUGGUCGGAACUGAUCGACGGAAGUUUUCGGCUUUUUUCUUUCAUGUUUUAUCGUAGUUGCUCUAUGUCUUCUUGAUUGAUACGUAAUGAUAGCGAUCGAACGAGGUAGCAUCGAACCAAGCGAGCUCCGGGAUUUCGGUUGUGGGAGAAAUCAUAACCGAAUUCGGGUGUUGUAAUCGCGACGGAAGUAAAAGUUUAAUCGCUCUUGCUUCGUAUCGAUUCUCAAAUUUUUUCAUGAACUGCCCGUUUCUUUUUUGUGUAGCAUUGUAGUGAAGCUAAGGACGUGCUGUGAAUCUAUGGUGGAUGAAUUCUGGGAGAUGGGAAACUAAAGAACUGGAGAUUUGCUGAUCGAGAAAAGCUAAGUUAAAAUGGCUCCAGUUAGUAAGGCUGAUAAGAAGGCUGCAGUAGAUGCCGCUGCGUGGAUGUUCAAUGUCGUUACUUCCGUUGGGAUCAUCAUGGUCAAUAAAGCUUUAAUGGCGACAUAUGGCUUUAGCUUUGCGACAACCCUAACCGGUUUACAUUUUGCUACGACAACACUGAUGACAGCCAUUCUAAGGUGUCUUGGUUAUAUUCAGCCUUCUCAUCUUCCUUUCACGGAGCUUCUGAAAUUCAUUCUGUUUGCAAACUUCUCCAUUGUUGGAAUGAACGUGAGCCUUAUGUGGAACUCUGUGGGGUUUUAUCAGAUCGCAAAGCUCAGCAUGAUUCCUGUAUCAUGCUUGUUGGAAGUGGUUUUUGAUAAGAUUCGCUACUCGAGAGACACAAAGCUUAGCAUAGGGCUGGUUCUUCUGGGCGUCGGUGUUUGCACCAUAACCGAUGUUAGCGUUAAUACCAAAGGCGUCAUAGCUGCCUUUAUUGCUGUGUGGAGUACUUCUCUACAGCAAUAUUAUGUACACUAUCUUCAGCGAAAAUACGCGCUUAGUUCAUUCAACCUUCUGGGGCACACUGCCCCAGCCCAAGCUGGAACAUUACUGAUUGUCGGACCGAUCCUUGACUAUUGGUUGACAAACAAACGAGUAGACAAGUAUGAUUACAACUUAGUUUCUACGAUGUUCGUAGUACUCUCGUGCACGAUAGCCAUAGGGACGAAUCUGAGCCAGUUCAUAUGCAUCGGGAGAUUCACGGCCGUAUCAUUCCAAGUCCUUGGCCACAUGAAGACGAUUCUGGUACUGAUAAUGGGUUUCUUCUUCUUCGGCCGAGAGGGACUGAACCUGCACGUUGUCAUAGGAAUGGUGAUCGCCGUUCUCGGGAUGAUAUGGUACGGUAACGCAUCGUCCAAGCCCGGGGGAAAGGAACGUCGGAGCUAUUCUCUUCCGACGGCCCACCGGCAACAGAAACACGGCGGCGCUUCGGAUUCCGACAGCCAUGAAGACAAGGCCUGAUAGUAGAAAUGAUCAUAUGAAGGUACAUCACUCUUUUUUUUUGGUCUAAAGUCGGAAUACGUAAUCCUAGUGCUCCUAGUUUUGGUACGUAAUCGGCGAUUUUUUUUUCCACACGGAAGAUUAGGGAAUCUUGAUUUGACUUGUUUAGAACUAUUAAGUUAUUAUUAUUACCAGGGCAUUGUUAACUGUUUUGAGGAAUCAAAGCUACAUGCAUGAUCUAUGACAGUCUUUCCGACAAGUUUUGGCU